AAGCCCUAAGAAGGAGAGCCUAAGAAGGGGUAGGAGUAAUUGAAACCGAGUUCAAUACCGUGGUGCCGCCGACGGCAAAUCUACUCUCAUACGAAUUAAGAUCCUCCCAACUAUUACAAAACUCGGAAACCCUAACCCAGCAUCCCAAGGGCUCCGAUUUCUCGCUGUCUUUCUGUUUCUCUGUUACCCUCACACUAAAGCAGUGUCCUUUUGCAGUUCACUCAUGGCCGAAACUAAGAACCUAGGCGAACCCACAUUUCCCGUGAAGCGUAAACCCGAUCUCAGCUGCGAGGACCAGGCCGACUACCCUAAGAAAACCCAUAAGCUUGAAGUUUCUGAUAUUAGUUCGUCGCUUGCUGAAGGAAAAACUCAAGACCCAGAAAAUUUCGACCAGAAUUCCUCUGUGGCCGAAGAGAAAAACGAUAAAUUUGAAGCCAAUGCAGACCCUGAAGACGAAGAAGAUUUCGUAGAAGACGACGACGAAGAUGAAGACGGUGAAAAGUCUAAUGGGAAGGCUGAGGUGGAUCGCAAGGGAAAGGGGAUUAUGAGAGAUGACAAGGGCAAAGGGAAACUGAUAGAAGAAGAUGACGAUGACAGUGACGAUGAUUCAAGCGAUGGUGGUAGCGAAUUCGAAGAUGGCGAUAGUGAUUUAUCGGAUGAUCCUCUUGCGGAGGUCGAUUUGGAUAACAUUCUUCCUUCGAGGACUCGGAGACGGCAGGUUCAGCCUGGGGUUUACAUGGCUAAUGAUAUUGGAAACGACGAAGAAGAUGAUAGUGAUGACAGCGAUGCUCUGAGUUGAGGAAGGUCAGUAAAACCAAAAUUAGCAAAGCUUGACAUUAUGUUUCGGAGAUAGUAUUAGUGCUUUGAUGAGGUUAUGCUAAUUAGUUGCUAUUUGAGAACACAAUGCGGCUAAGGCUGUGAAUACUUGAUGUAACUCAAUCUAAGUAUCUUCCUUCCUUAUUGGAUCCUAUCAUUCUGUAGGU